UAAUAACAUCUUUGAGUGACAAUUGCGAAUUCUGUGUCUUCUUGGCAAUUGCUCCUAAUACUACAGGAAGGGCAAAAAACAUUUUCAUGUACAUAAGAGCUGAGAUUACCAUUGACCUUCUUUUGUUUGAUGCUCCUGGUGGGAUUAGGGAAGAAUUUAGAGAUGUUGAGAGUCUGCGACUCAUCAUAGCUUGAAAGCAAGACAAUGAAAAGUUGAAAAAAUACUGACAGUGGGGUCUGUUCUCAGUGGCAAUGAAGACAACAUUGAAACUAACUCAAAACUGGAGCUCAAGAGAAGCAGCAGGUUUCAGCUGACAGUGCUGGCAGGUUUGCUUCUCAAGCUUUGGAUAUUCUCAAAUACAUUUCCAAGUAUGUAUUACUUCAAAGACCCAUUGAAUGAACACCAGGUGAACUGGUAUGCAGCUCUACCUGAAGCAUGUAGUGCUACUAGCAUUCCUCAAGCAAAUAACAUGAGUGCUUCAAUGUUUCCUGCUGCGUAAUACAACUUUUCAAACACCCUGAAAAUGGCCUCUGUAUAUGGAUAAUCCAGUCCAAUCAUGUUACUAAGAAUGCCAUCCUAUGCUAUACCUGUGCCUGGCUUCCUGUUAUCAGAGAUCUGAUGAAGAAUAUCUUGCAUUCAAAUGCUUGUCUAACUUUAUCCCAACUGCAUAGUUGGUCCAGAAAAAGGUAUCACACCUAGAAAUCCUUGUCUCUUGCAUAAUUUCUGGGCCAUCAUGUCUACAGCAUCCAUCUUACACUACUGUAACAUAGAAGAUAUUGAAAUCCACUGCUUACAAUGGAAAAUCCACAACCUAAAGAAAAAAGAAACCAGAUGACACAGCAACAUCUUCUUCUUAAGCUUAUGCAAAAAACAUAACACCAUCCCAAGGGGACUAAUCAUCUGCAGCCCUCUAGCUAACAUACACAACUCUAUAAAUACGACAAAUGUGCAAAAGAACUUUGGAAAAACUAGGAAACCAUCUUCAACCAUGCUGUGCCUGCCUUCCUGUGAUCAGAGACCUGGUGAAGAAAGCUUGUCUAACUCUAUCCCAUUGAUGCAGUUGAUCUAAUAAAAUAUAUCACCCUAAAAAAAUCCUUCCUUCUUGCAUAAUUUCUCUACAAUCAUGCCUAUAACAUCACUCUUACACCACUGUAAGAAUGGCAUUGAAAUUCAAGAGGAAAUAUUUCUCCUCCUCCCUUUCAUCCAGCACACCUUUUCAUCCAAAAUCCCUUUCCUCCCUGGUUUUUCCUCUUUUCCCAGUCAGCCCAGAAAUUCCCUCUGCUUUACUUAAAAAAAAAUACUUGAUUUUAAAACGCUUUCCUUUUACAAAAGGACCUUUUAUUUAAAAAAUUAAAAAAUAAGGUAUAAUUUUUCUUAAAUUCUUAACAGAUGCACUUUUUAAAGGUUGAACAUUAUGAAUGCAUUUAGUUCCUGACAGCUGUUCUGUAUCAUCUUGGCUAAACAGUAUCAGGAUAAAAGAAACUCUGUAUUUAUUAGAUGGAUAAUUGCUAUUAGUCCUAAAACUUUAUGGGGGCGGGGGGAGAAACAAUUUAAGCCUAUGACUAGGGGCUACAUUUUUCAAAACCAACUAGUGGUUAUCAGGGUGGCAGCUUUUGGCUACCUAAUCUUGGACACUAAAGAGGACCAUGAUUUUCAGAAUAUUUCAAUCUAUCCCCCCCACAUUAAGGCAACCACAAUCAUGAGCACUUUUAAAAUCCUGGUCAUAGAAACUAAAGCAGGAAACAAAUGCAAAAGCAACCGCUAGAAUGAUAUUUACAUGUGCUUGUAAGAAAUAAAAUACCACAAUCUAAAAUAUGCUGAGGUCCACAGUGUAUUUAGUUAAGAGGUUUAUUAAGGCAAACGAUUCUGCCAUAAAAGGAAAUUGGUCUCUCUCAUAUCUGACCCUGCCCUUCAUUGGAUUCUUUCAUUUCAGGAAUCACAGCAUCAUCUACUGGCAUUUUCCAGACUUGAAAUCUGUGCACUGUGGGUGCUCUGAGUCCUUUAAUGACCCUCUGUAUGUAUCCAUUUUAUAGAUCAAACUGCAUCAGUUUGUUACAAAGCACUUUCUUUACAAAAGUUUCCCUCCUGAACCAGACCCCUGCACACUCUGUCUUAAAAGAACGUCCACAGGAAAACUCUAAUAGCUUACACAUUUAGUCUGCAAGGAAACCCAACAGUAAUGAAAAACAAAAGAAGAAUUGUUCUACAAUAUUUAUUAUCCAAGAGGAAAAGGCAUUGGAAAUUGGAAACCUUGUGUGUCUUUGCAACUCUAUAAUGCCGUAUCACUUAUAAAGCCAUAGCCUAUGUUCAUAACUGCUAAUGUGAAAAAGCAUUUGAGCUGCUGGAGGGUACAUUGUGUGAGCAUAAAUGUACAUACACAUGCUUUCAUAAACAUGCUGGGGUAUGUCUGUACCGCAAUCAGAGAUGCAACAGCAGUAUGUGUAGACAAACCUUUGAUAGCUUUGAGCUAGUUGGUUUGGAUACUAGCCAUGGCAGCUUAAGAUUUAGCAUGGGCUAGCUAUCCAAACAUGUAUUAGGGUCCUAAAAGGUAUAAUGUACAGCUUGUGCCUCUUAGCCUGUGAUGCUGUCAGCACUGCUAUUGUCACUCAAGCUAGCUAUGUAUUGUUUAGGCCAGUAGUUCUCAACCUUUGGUACCUUAUGUACCCCUUGCCAAUUGACACGGAAAAAGCAAAACCGGAAGUCCCACCGUGGCACUUCCAGUUUCGCCGCCGUGACCCGAGUCUCACUUUUUCCACCACAGCCCAGGGCAAAGCAGCCUGCAUGGAGCCCCUAUCCCCUGGCACACUGACGCUGGGGAGCGAAAGCCUUGGCACACUGGACACGGCAGGAGGGGCAGAGGCCAGAACUUCCGGCCCAAGUAGGCAAAGACCAAAACACAGCAUCCACGUACCCGCUGCCCGUGUCUCGUGUGUCCCCAGGGGUAUGCGUACCACCGGUUGAGAAACACUGGUUUAGGCUAUACUUAUGUAUGCUGCAAUCAUCACCCUCAAGGGAGGUAGAUAUACUCUACACACAACAGCACAAGUGUCCUUGGAGCUCCCGAGGGACCUGGUCACCACAUCACUCCAAAGGAUACACCCUCAGCUCCUCUCUGUGAUGAACUAGCUCCACUUUUCCUGUCUUUGAAUUGCUUUUAAAUGUUAUUUUUUCUAACCUUUAACAUAGUGUUCUUUAUGGGUGAGCUCCAGAGUCUACAUGAAAAGUCAAGGAAAAAUAUUGAUAACCUUGCCUGAUAGAAGGCCUCAGGGCCCAGAAUGUAUGGGUAAAUUAAGUAGUAUCUUAGACAGCAUCUAUAUUUAUUUUUGCAUCUUGGUGUCCUGGGUAUUAAAAUACAUCAACAUGUCUUUAAAAGGUAAGAUAUAUCGGUAGACAUCUUAAUUUCUAUUCUCCUUAGGAGAAUCCCCUACAGAAAUCCCUGCAGAAUUGCACAGGCUCAUUGACAGCCUGGAUCGCUCUGAACUCAAAUGCAAAGCUCAAUAGCAAGAGCUGAAACCUAUGGAGCCUAUAACUAACAGAGAGCAUACUGGGCAUGAGUCUGACGGGCUUAGUUCCAAACGUGAGCCACAUCUUUUAGUAAAGCCUUCCCCCAACUGCAGCAUUUAUGAAUGAUAGGAAAACCAUACAAGUACUAAACAUCUCAUGGACAAAAAAGAACCUUCCUUUAAAAUGUUUUUAAAAAAGAGACUAAAACAGGAAAAAUGAAAACCACAAAGAAAUCCUGUUUCUAGCUCUGAUAAAGAACAACGGAAAAGAACAAGAACAAAGUAAUCUUCAGACUGCAGGAGAGUUACUGACAGCACCCAAAAGAAAAGACAAAGUUGGAACAGCAAUCCCAAAUGCAUUAAACCAUAACACACCCUAGUCAUACUAAGCAAGGAAAAAAUCCCAUUACUAAACUUUAAAAAAAAUCCACCCACUUACAAAAUUGACUAGAGAAUGAAACUAAAAGGUGCACUCGUUAACUACACUUUCUUUCAACAAUGUUUAAACAAGAUACUUGAAAUCUCAUUUAUUCCAACAGUUGAAACUUCACGAGCAUUAUUACACACCAAAACCAACAUAACCAAAUUUGAUUUUUCCAUGAACUAGUUAUGCAAACUCAGAAAAAAAUCUGUCCACAAAGCCUGAAAGCAGUAAAAAUCAAAGAGAUGUUAAUCCCCCCAUUUAUUGAGUUUCAUUGUGUUUUUAAAUUGCAUGUUGUAGUGUCCAAGGUACACAAGGCACUUUCCAGGUAGAUAAUAAAAGAUUCUUCUACACAGAGAGUUCAGUUUAAGCAAAGGCAAACACCCAGAGAGAGAAACACAAGUGAGGGUUGGUGAAGGGUGGGGUGGGAGAGAGUGGGGGAAGAUAUAUUGUACAUUUAAAAAAAAUGUAGAGAGGUAUUUAGCUAUGUUAGCUUGAAGUCAGACAGAAGGCAGGACAGGGUGGCGCCUAAAGAUUAACUCAUUCAGAAGGGCAUAAGCUUUCAUAGGUGCACAGCCACUUCAUUAGAAGCUAAGAGGAAGCAUCCAACAAAGUAGGCUGUUGCCUAAGAAAGCACUGGAAUGGGGGUCUCAUACUUAUUUAACAUAAAAUUAUCAAAUGUGAGUAGUAGAGAUCAUUAUUAUAUAGGAGCUCAGCCCAGAUCCUUUAUUUGAACACUCUUAAACGAUGCAAAAAUUAAGAUCCAACACUUUUUUUUUCUUCUCAAGUGAUUUAUAUUAUGGCAAACUUCCUUUUAGUAGGGCCUCUAGAACCUAAAUACCUUCUUAAGAACAUAAGAUAUGCCACGCUGGGUCAGGCCACAGAGCUCUCUAGUUCAGUAUCCUGCUUUUCACAGUGGCAAAGAGGAGAUGAUAAGGAUAAUAGUAUUUAAGCAAGGCAUAUCCAGAAUGAACUACUCCUUGCCUCUUUCUCCCUUAAACUUCCAGCAUUCAGACACCUCUGAAGCUCUAAUUUAGAGAUGGCAUCCCUAACUUUAAUAUUUACCACCUGCUGAUGGACCUACUCUUCAUGAAUUUGUUCAAUCCUGUUUUGGAUCUGGUUAAAUUAUCAGUCUCCACAACAUCCUGCAGCAAUGAAUUCCACAAGUUGAUUAUGUGUGUGUGAAGAACUCUGUUUGCUUUAAAUCUACCUAAUGACUUUAUUUGUAUAAAUGAGCAGAUCUAGAGUUUUAAAAGAGGAAGGUAGAUGGUGUGGUGCAUCAUCACAUCUAAAACCAGCAAUUUUUUUCUCUGGUUAAAAAUAAACUAGAAGCUUUACUAAUAUGCUAAGGGCCUAGGGCUGUAUUUUUCAGUUUAAGAUUGAAGCAAAAACAAAUAUAACUUCAUUGGAAUGAGUUAAAAAACAAUAUGCAGGGCUGUGCAAUAGGAGCAUCAUUACCAGGAGCAGCUAACAUACAACAGAAUUGCAGAAGAAAGGAUAGUUUGAUUGAUGGAAAAUCAAGACGAUUAAAAAGAAGAAAGGGUCAUUAACACCUGUGGAAUGAAGAGUUUAGAAAGGAUCAGGUAGAUUAUAAUGAGCCAUGAAGUCAAUCGACUUCCUCAGCACUGCCUAACUAGAAAAGCUGGUGCCACUGCCUGGCAUUAGUCGACCAGGAAUCAAAGAAGGGGCACCCCCACCCACCCACCCAGAUCCACCCAUUUGUAUAUCCCCUGGUUCUAGGCUAGCUGGUUCUAGUCUUAUGGUUUAUAUUCAGUAAACCAGUAGAUCCUUCAGUAUACCAGGAAAUACUGAGGAGUGACCCAAGACAUUAAGAUCUUAUAACCUAUAAGUGUUUUUAGCCAUCAGUGCAGAAUAACACCAGUAUAAAUCCCUACAGUUGACAAAGCGUACCAGUAGAUACCAUAACUUGUGCUGGUGCAACUCCACCAUUAUAACCACGGUCAUUGCUAAGAACCUCAGUAUAGAUAAUGACCAAGGCCAGUUACGUAACUGGUGGGAGCCAGGGUGCAAAAAUAGCUUCCUCUGCUAUUAUCUGUGCAGCCAGUAGCACUGCCCUAUAUGCUAAAGCUGCCCGGGGCAAGAAGCUGCCCUGUUAUGCCUGACUACCUCACCUCCCUCCUUCCCCCUCUUUUUCUCUCUCUGGAGCUAAGCAUGGCAAUGCUGACAAAACUUUGAAUUUCUGAUGACAAAAUGAUUGUAGGUAUUUUUUAUAAAGUGUUGGAGGACAGGAACAGAAUCCACUUUUCCUUAAUAAUUGGGAGGAAUGGAUUCAAAUUCAAUUCAAGAAGAAAGAAUCCCAAUAGUAGUGCUUCCCACCUGUCAUUAGACUCAAAGCACCCUUUGAAAAAUGCCAGACCCUAGUUUUCAAUAAUUUUUUACUACAAAAACAUGAGAGCAAUUUUUCUGUUGCAAAGAACUCAGAAAAAUCACAACAGGGCAGAAUGUUUGUGCUACUGUGGAUUUCUAUUCGAAAUCUCUGGGUUUACUUUGUGAAUUAUAUGCAGGUGUUUGCACAUCUACAGGAGUAUCUACACAUGAUGCUACAUCACCAUAGCAAUGCGCUAUGGCGGCAUAGUGUCCACAGGUGCCUACACGUGACAAGCAUCUACUUUGUGGUAGUACUGUAGUACAAAUACGCUAGAUUUUAGACACAAAGCCUAGAUUUAGACAUAAUGCUUUACUUUUGCAAUAUGCUUCUGUAUCCAGUACGGCUUGCAAGUAGAUUCUACAUAUAGGUUAAGGCCUGCUUAACACUUAGAACUAGCACAGUGACCUAGAGUUACACGAAGACAGGGGGUUACUAGAGGGCACCAAGUUUACCGCAGUACCCCUGUGCAAAACACGCAGGUGCGACAUAUCCCAUAAUAAGUUGAGCAUAGCAACCUUUGAACUUCGACAUCCUGUGGAAGCUUAGAUAUGACCUUUGGAAACUAUGACGUCUUGAAUAGAAGCUUGUAGAAAUCGUAAGACAACCAAUAGUUGCAAGGUUCUUUGUCUAGAUAAGCUAUAAAAAGACCCCCGGACAGUACCCUGGGGUCGACUCUGCUUUGGGUUACUUAACCCCUUUGUCGAUCGAUUGCGCAAUCAAUAAACUUAUAAUGGACCUAGCCUGAACGUGUGACUCCCUCCUUGAGGUAUUUGGAUUAAGCCUCCAGGGGCACGAAACUAGCAAUUUGUGCAACAAUUUGGCGAGCCAGCCAGGAGACGCCUCUGGCCACUCCGUGGGUCGGACGACGAGACAGGCGAAGGGGUUGCGGACGUGGCCACCAGACACCGCCUUGGAGUCUGCCAUGGUCCCCGGGUACGUGAGUCGGGACACUCGGAAGGCUGAAGGCUCUCCUCAAAAGGAGUCAACCAGGCUGAGUGGGUCCAAAGAGAAGGCGCCGGGGUGUUGGCAGAGUAAGUAUUCGUUUUCUUGUGUCACUUGGGUAGUCUGCCGGGGAAAUCGGGAGUCCGGACAUUGGCUUUGACGUUCGGCACAUAGGUCUGAACUUUGGAAGUCCGGACAUUGGUAUUAGUGUUCAGCAGGUCGGUCUGAACAUCAGCCCUGGGGACUCUGUUAAGGGGAAACAUGAGCCGCUGACCAGGUCUGAGACUUAAGGCUGAGCCUAGCCGCCCCGAUUCUGCCUAACAAGGUAGCAUCGAACGCAAGGGGGCUCAGCUGGAACCUCGUGACUCAGCGGACAGGACUCUGAGUGAGUAUCUGUGUAUAUUGGUUGACACAAUGGGUUCGGGUAGCUCCCGAGAAGAAAACUCUGCAACCCCAUUAGGAUGUAUGUUAAGAAACUUUAGUAAAUACAAAGGGGAAUACGGGGUAAAAAUGACGAAGGAUGACUUGAUUAAGUUUUGUCAGUUAGAGUGGCCGACUUUCGGGGUUGGGUGGCCAGAGACCGGCUCUUUUGAUGUAAAGGUGGCUAAUGCAGUGUUAAAGGUGGUAACAGGGGACGGUCAUUGGGAUCAAUACCCAUAUAUAGAUUUCUGGGUUACAGCUAUAAUGACUCCCAUCGCCCCGUGGGUCCAAAGAUGUAAAGAAGAAAUGUGUAAAAUCUUGCUGGCAAAAGACACUAGGAAGAAGCCCCAAGUACUUGCUGAUUCUGGUAGUGAGGGAGAUCUGACUCAGGGAUCAAGGCGUAGGGAUAGACCACAGCCUCCGGCCAAUAACCAAGCUUCAAGGGAGGAGAGCCCAGAGAGUUCCCUGGCAUCAUCCCAGAGUACCUCCAGCAGCCCGGGAGGGACUGCCUCCAGCAGCCUGGGUCCGGAAAGUUCAGCGAACUCCCCCGGGACGUCUCAAUCAGACCCUAACACUUUGAGGAGAGAGAGAGAGGGAAGCCCAAAAAUUCUCAUGGCAACAGCCCCCCCUGCUUAUAAACCAAGAGAGAAAGACAGACCUCAGGAUCCUGUCCUGGAUCCCGAUCCGGAUUGGCCCUGGCCAUCGGCUGACUGGCCCCUGCUCCUGACUUGGUGUCCUGAGUAUGGGGAUGGAUGGGCACUGGCACCACCACCACCACCACCUCUACCACCACUGCUACCACCACGCCGAUCCAUUAGUAGCACCCGCAAUCAGAAUCCUCAAUACCGAUACCAGUGUCCGAUGAGACAGGUGGCAGUUCAAGGAGAGGAGCCCACCUUUGUCUAUGUGCCUUUUCACACAUCGGACUUAUUUAAUUGGAAGAAUCAAAAUCCGUCUUUUAGAGAGGACCCCGAGAAAAUGCAGAGCUUGUUCCGGUCAAUAGGGCAGACUCAUCGACCCACCUGGGCUGAUGUUCAGAUGAUGUUACAUACCCUUCUGACUUCAGAGGAAAGGCGAUUGGUACUGGGAGCGGCAGAUCGGAUAGCUGAGGGGCAAGUAGGGCAGGGAGGAGACAUGCGGAAUAUAUGCCCUAUUGAAAGUCCCGAUUGGGACAACAAUUCACCGGAGGGAAGAGAGCGAAACAGUAGGUACUUAGGAAUUAUAGUGGAAGCUCUGGGCAAAGCAGUACCACGAGUAACUAACCUCUCUAAAUUAUAUGAGGUCCGUCAAGGAAAGGAUGAAUCUCCCUCGAGUUUUUUGGAACGGUUGUAUGAUGCCUUUAAAAAAUUUAGUAGCUUUGACCCUGAGGCCCAAGAGAAUCAGCUCAUGGUGAACAUGCUGUUUAUUGGGCAAGCAGCCCCAGACAUAAGGAAAAAGCUGCAAAAGACUGAAGGAGGACCAGGGAAACCUCUUUCGGAACUCGUGGAAAUUGCAUAUAAAGUGUAUGGAAAUUGAGAUCAGGUAGCGGAAAGAAAGGAGGAAAAAUGCAGGCAGAAGCAGAUGGCAAUGCUAGCAGCCGCCUUGAGCAAAAAUCCAAGUUCUGGUGGGGGAUGGAAGGAGAUACCUGGGGGGGGGCAAAAGAGAGGAAAAGGCCGACUUCAGCCUGAUGAAUGUGCAUAUUGUCGAGAGAAGGGACAUUGGAAAAAGGAUUGUCCUAAAACGAAGGACAGAAAGAAGGAAACCCAACCGCUGAUUCGUCAGAUGCGGGUGGAAUCCUCAGGGGAAGACUGUAGUUGAAGAGAACCAGGAUCCAAGACCACCACCCUGUGGGCAAAUGCCCGAAAGGAUCCCAUGGUAGAAAUGAGGAUUGGUGGCAGAAAAUACCAGGCUCUAGUGGAUACUGGAGCAACCUUUUCCAUGAUUCCCGUAAAACCCCCUCUAGCUGAAGAAAGCGGGAAGUGGGUGACUGUAGAAGGGAUAGAGGGAAGACAAACCAGAUUGCCAGUAUGUAAGCCCCUCCUCACUAAGAUUGGGAAUAAUAUGUUGGAGCACGCUUUCGUAGUAUCAUCUGCCUGCCCAGUAGCCCUUCUGGGGCAAGAUUUGUUAACAAAAUUGCAAGCUGAGAUUUUCUUCCGUGAGGAUCAAAUUGUGGUGUGGCUGCCGGUAAAGCAGGGAUCAAAUUACCAAAUGGCCCUUCGAACAGUCAAGAUAGAACCCAAAACAAAAAUUUUUGAGAUUUUAGAGAAUGUUGAUUUAUGUGUGUGGGCGGAUGGGACCCCUGCCCGGGCAAAAUGUAUAGAUCCAGUCAAGAUUAUUCUGAAAGAAGGAGAGGGUCCUGUACGUGUAAAACAAUACCCUCUGAAGACAUCCACCCAGACAGGCUUGAAACCACCGAUUGAAAAAUUCAAGCGGUAUGGGUGGUUGAUAAAGGGAUCAUCCCCCUUUAACACCCCGAUCCUGGGUGUGCCAAAAGCCGAUGGCACCUCCUUCAGAUUGGUGCAAGACCUGAAAGCAAUAAACAAAAAGGUCGUAGUGGAUCACCCAAUAGUACCAAAUCCUCACACCAUUCUAACCCAGGUCCCAGCCGAAGCCAGUGUAUUUUCAGUACUAGAUUUGAAAGAUGCUUUCUUCUCUAUUCCGCUACAUGAGGAAAGUCAGAAAUUAUUUGCCUUUGAAUGGGAAGACGGACACGUAUCAUAAGACUCAGUUGUUGUGGACAGUGCUACCCCAGGGAUUUGUCUCGUCCCCCCAUAUCUUCGGAACAGCAUUGCAAAAAGACUUGGAGAACUGGAAAGAGAGGCACCCUGAGGUGGCACUAUUGCAGUAUGUUGAUGAUUUAUUGAUAGCAAGUCCCGAUAUACAGACAGGAAAAAGAGCGACAGAAUCCUUGCUGAAUACCUUGGGAAAGAAAGGAUAUAAGGUGUCAAGGGAAAAAGCUCAAAUUUGCCAACCCAAGGUUACAUUUUUGGGAUACGAGAUUAAGAAGGGGGUUCGGGCUUUGAGUAAGGAUCGAAUCCAAGCAAUACAAGACCUGCCUGCCCCCAAAAAUCCCAAAGAACUGCGAGCCUUUUUGGGCCUAACCGGGUUCUGUAGACUAUGGAUUCCAGACUAUGGGGGAAAAGCCAAACCCCUAUAUGAGUCUCUCACUAAGGAAGGCAUCGCUAAUUGGAAAUGGACUAAAGAAAAUCAGCAUGCGUUUGAGCUACUGAAGGCUGCCCUUUUACAACCACCCGCUCUGAUGAUUCCAAAUGGACGCAAGCCGUACAGACUGUAUGUGCAUGAGAAUAAGGGGGUGGCCUAAGGGGUCUUAACUCAACCAGUAGGCCCAACUUGGAAGCCUGUGGGAUACUAUUCCAAGGUCCUAGACCCAGUGGCAAAGGGGUGGCCUGCAUGUUUGAGGGCUGUUGCCGCCACAGCUACUCUUGUGGAGGAGGCCCAAAAGAUUGUUAUGGGAGCUGAUAUGGACAUACAUACCCCACAUGGGGUUCCCCAGAUUCUCGGAGGAGAGGGAGGAAAAUUUUUAAACCCCUCCAGACAAUCCAGAUAUGAAAUCUUUCUCCUAUCUAACCCAGGCCUUACCUUCAAGCACACCACUGCUCUAAACCCAGCCACCCUGAUACCAGAACCGGGACCUCCGUGCCAUGACUGCUUGGAAGCAUUGACACAAACAGUAUUGAUUCGUCCUGAUUUGACAGAUGACCCCCUCGAGAACCCAGAGGAGGAGUUUUUCGUAGAUGGCUCAAGUAGUGUGAUACAUGGCACGCGACACACGGGAUGUGCUAUGGUAACGUUGACUGAGACUGUGUGGAAGGAAAAACUCCCUGCAACCUGGUCAGCGCAGGCAGCGGAACUUACUGCCCUAACCCGUGCAUUGGAAUUAGGAAAGGAAAAAAGGGUGAACAUUUUUACAGACUCACGGUAUGCAUUUGCCACCGUUCAUGCCUAUGGAUUGUUGUGGAAGGAGCGUGGGUUCAUCACGGCCUCUGGACAAAGAAUUGCCAAUGGGCCACAAAUUGUGAAGCUGUUGGACACCUUCCGAUUACCAAAAGAGGUGGCCAUAGUACACGUGAAGGCCCAUGGCAAGGCUGCAAACGAACAUCAGAGGAAAGGGAAUGCAAAGGCUGACACAGCAGCCAAAGAAGCGGCACAGAUGGGAGGAGAGGCAGCGUUUCAGGGGUCAGUCCAUGACGUGGCCUUUUUCUUAGAGGAUCGUAAAGUGGAGUACGGUCCAGGGUCAGAUAAGCUAGCCGCCGAGCUUAAAGCCAGUAAAAAUUUGCAGGGGUGGUGGGUCGUACUUGGAGGAAAAGUGUUAAUACCUCGAAGCCUAUUGAGAGAAAUACUCCACCAGCUGCAUUCUUCCACUCACAUGGGAGGAACCGCGAUGGGGGAUUUGUUAACUCGUCAGAUGGUAGCCCCAGGCCUUUACCUGGAAGCCCAGAGAGUGGCCUCUCAGUGCCCGACCUGCCAAAAGGUGAAUCCGAGGUCCGCGAAGAUGCCGGCCCCCAUGGGAGGGAGACCUUGGGCCCAGUGUCCUGGACAGGCUUGGCAGAUUGACUUUGCUGAACUGCCUAGAUCUGGUCAUUACCAAUACCUACUGGUACUUGUGGAUCAAUUGACUGGGUGGGUGGAAGCGUACCCCACCAGAACGGCUACUGCAUCCACAGUGACACGAGUGUUACUUCACGAAAUAAUACCCAGAUUUCUGUUGCCUGAAUCUAUUGAGUCAGAUCAAGGUAGUCAUUUUGUGGGGAAGAUAGUACAGGAAGUGUCCAAAGCAUUAGAUAUCAAGUGGAAGCUCCAUACCCCAUGGAGACCCCAGAGUUCAGGUCAGGUGGAGCGCAUGAAUAGAACACUGAAAGUUAUGUUAACAAAAAUAUGUAUUGAAACUCGUUUGAAAUGGCCGCAGGCACUCCCACUGGCUUUAACUCGUAUUCGUAGCACACCCCGUAGGGGGAUUAAAUUGUCACCUUUUGAACUGAUGUUUGGUAUGCCUCCCAGGGUCUUGCCAGCAGGAUGGAGGGAACCAGUUACGAUAGAAUUAGGCAAAUCCGAGAUUUGGGAACAUGUUAUUGCCUUGCAGUCUGUUUUGUCUUCCC